AUUAAAAAAGAGGUAGGAAUACUGAGAGUCUCUAGUCAAAUAAAGGAUAAGUGAGAGUCAAAAACAAACCGCUAGGCACUGUGCUUUUUCUGAAUUCAAUUCCUUUUUUUUGUGUCUUUCAAUGGUUAUUAUUUACAUUGGAGCGCGAGGUUCAGUAAUACCACUUUCGACCAAUCGAUAGUACCAAAGUAUCAGUGGCUAUGGAGAAACAAAUCCUAUCAUUUCCAGUCUUAUUAAGCUUUGUCCUUUUUAUCUUAAUGAUCUUAAGGAUAUGGAAGAAAAGCAACCCACCUCCAGGACCAUGGAAAUUACCUCUGUUAGGCAACAUUCACCAGCUGGCUGGUGGUGCUCUGCCCCAUCACCGCCUAAGGGACUUGGCAAAAACUUAUGGACCAGUUAUGAGUAUUCAACUCGGCCAGAUUUCUGCUGUCGUAAUUUCUUCAGUACAAGGAGCCAAAGAAGUGCUGAAGACUCAGGGUGAGGUGUUCGCUGAAAGACCCCUCAUCAUCGCAGCUAAAAUUGUGCUUUAUAAUCGUAAGGAUAUUGUAUUUGGUUCCUACGGAGAUCACUGGAGACAAAUGAGAAAGAUCUGCACCUUAGAGCUACUGAGUGCCAAACGCGUCCAGUCCUUUAGAUCCGUCAGGGAAGAAGAGGUCUCAGAAUUUGUGAGAUUUCUUCAAUCCAAAGCAGGAACGCCAGUCAAUCUUACCAAGACCCUGUUUGCUUUAACAAAUUCUAUCAUGGCAAGAACAUCCAUAGGUAAAAAAUGUGAAAAACAAGAAACGUUUUCAAGUGUUAUAGACGGUGUCACUGAGGUAUCAGGAGGUUUUACUGUUGCUGAUGUGUUUCCUUCUUUGGGAUUCCUUCACGUCAUCACUGGUAUGAAGUCUAGACUAGAGAGAUUGCACCGAGUAGCAGAUCAGAUAUUUGAAGAUAUAAUAGCUGAACACAAAGCCACCAGGGCACUCUCCAAGAACGAUGAUCCGAAAGAAGCAGCUAAUCUUCUAGAUGUUCUUUUGGAUCUUCAGGAACACGGAAAUCUUCAGGUCCCUUUAACCAACGACAGCAUCAAAGCAGCCAUUCUGGAAAUGUUUGGUGCUGGGAGCGACACAUCCUCAAAAACCACAGAAUGGGCCAUGUCAGAGUUGAUGAGGAACCCAACAGAAAUGAGAAAAGCACAAGAAGAAGUGAGGCGAGUGUUUGGUGAAACAGGGAAGGUUGAUGAAACACGCCUUCAUGAAUUAAAGUUUUUGAAGUUGGUUGUCAAAGAAACUCUGAGAUUACAUCCUGCCAUAGCAUUAAUUCCAAGAGAAUGCAGGGAGAGGACUAAGGUUGACGGGUAUGACAUAAAACCCACAGCUAGAGUCCUCGUCAAUGUAUGGGCGAUUGGAAGGGAUCCUAAUGUUUGGAGUGAACCUGAAAGGUUUCACCCAGAAAGGUUUGUCAAUAGUUCAGUUGAUUUCAAGGGUACUGAUUUCGAACUACUUCCAUUUGGUGCAGGAAAGAGAAUAUGCCCUGGUAUUUUAGUGGGUAUAACUAAUUUAGAGCUUGUUUUAGCUCACCUAUUAUAUCAUUUUGAUUGGAAAUUUGUUGAUGGAGUGACGAGUGAUAGUUUUGACAUGAGAGAAGGUUUUGGUGGGGCACUUCAUAGAAAAUCAGACCUUAUCUUGAUUCCCAUUCCAUUUACUCCUUAGUUACCCAAUAGUCCUUUGUAGCUUAUCUUCUUUCUUCAAUGAAUAAGAGCCAGACAGAAAUGUAUCGCCUUUGACUUUCA